AUGUCUUAUCAGGUAGUAGCGGCCAUUGAUGGGAAGCUUGUCUCCAUUUUCGACGGAGAAACGGAGUACCGGCUGGGCUGCAAGGUGCUCGCCAGGCGAGGUACCCCGGGGAAGGUCCCCAUGGACUGCUGCUUCUUUUCGUGGGCGACUGAGCGGGAGGCGAAGGUGGCCGUGUUUCCCGCCAGCAGCAAGCUUCUUCACGCUCCUCGGGUGCUUAUUGCGUUGAGAGCAACCGCUUGUACAUACGUUGACAAAAAGAACCCCCAUAAGCUGGCGCACGAAGAAGUGUAUGUUGAGAGAAUUGUCGCUUUCCGAACAGCAAACGUAUGGCACACGUGCUAG